CUGAUUCUUUGUGUUUUUAAUAAAACUUCAGUGAACCAAAUAAUAGGUUUGAUGAAAACUCAACCAACCAUAAAAAGAGAUGAUUUUUCUUUUUAAAAAAUACAUUCUCACAGGACCUUUCUUCCUAGCAGAGCUAAGAUGUGAUUUGUGUCACACUUUAACUUUCUUAACCAUCACGUGGACGAAUUUACGCUCUGAAAGAUUUGUUUUGUGGGGGCUAAAAACGCUGUCCACAUUGGUGGCGCCUGUAGGUGUCGUUGCAGCUCUGGACCCGCAGCAGAGCGCCCCUCACCUCCUCCUUAUGAACAGCAUCACUUCACCUGAUGUUGUUUUGCACACUGGGAAUCAGGAUCCUCUGCACGCCGCAUCUAACGCGUCUAAAGCACCUCAAGCUGGAUUUCUUUUGCCUUUGACUCAUUUUAUUCCCGAUAAACUACUCCAUGAAGCCUUUUUGGAAAAUGCUGAAAAUUCGUCGCUCUUUCCUGAUUUUUGUGAGUUUCAUAAAACUGUCUCCUUUUUCUCACACGGUCUUUGUGUUCACCUUGGUGGUUGUUUUUCCGUUUGGGUUUGAGUGACUUUGGAAAUGCGGAGUUUCUUCUUGGAUGUGGGUCCAUCCCUGCCACCCUAUCACUACAUCAUCGCUUGAAGCUCACUCACUGUCACCCGCCGCCCGACGUGACUCACUAACCGAUCAGCUGCCCUGGGUUUGUCUGCCCUGCGGGAAGUUGCUGGACGUGACGGGACUUGUGUUUGUUCUUUCGUUUUAACACUAAAAGAAAUACCAUUAAGUAAGGAUAAAAAACAGAAAUGCUGAUUUUCUAUGUUUUUAUUUCUAAAACGUCCCGAUGACAACAAUUCAGCUGACAAAAAUGUGAUUGAUGUGCCUUAGGACCUCAGCUGGAGGUUUGGCUGAUGGUUUAGAUGCCACAAACAUAUAUAUUUGCUAUGUCUGUGUCCGGGUAAUAUUGUAUUUCCUGCGCAAAGAAAACGCUUUUACGCAGUGGGUGCCCGUGACAUUCGCUUUUACGCACCAACGCUGCGCAAUUGCCGCUAACCUCGGUGCCCAGACGGAGAUGGGAGGAGAAAAACUCCUCUCCGGGGGGCAUGAGGAGUAUCCGACUCAAGGUGACUUCAGCAGCCAGGGGCAGCCGCGGUCCCGUGAAUAGUUGCGGCGCCAGCAUGCCCUCCUGGCCCAAUGACUCUGAGUGUCUCCCUCCAAACUGCAGCUGGGAGGAGACCAACAACGGCACUCGGAACCUGGAGUUUUCUCUGCCACCACUUAAUUAUUACUCCAUUCCUCUCCUUGCGGCCAUAACCGUCGCGUGCACACUACUGUUUCUGGUUGGAGUGACCGGAAACGUCAUGACUAUUCUGGUGGUAGGCAGGUACAGGGACAUGCGAACUACUACCAACUUAUACCUGUGCAGCAUGGCUGUUUCCGACCUGCUUAUUUUCCUCUGCAUGCCUCUGGACCUGUACCGCAUGUGGAGGUACAGGCCCUGGCGCCUCGGGGAUGCGCUCUGCAAACUCUUUCAGUUUGUGUCGGAGUCGUGCACGUACUCAACCAUACUGAGCAUCACUGCGCUGUCCGUGGAGCGCUACCUGGCCAUAUGUUUCCCGUUACGCGCAAAGGCUUUGGUCACCAAAAGGCGUGUGCGCGCUCUGAUUUGUUUCCUUUGGACAGUGUCUCUUUUGAGCGCUGGCCCCGUGUUCGUCAUGGUGGGAGUGGAGAGGGACAUCACGGAGCCUCCCAACUUCAGCUCAUGGAUCAACGAGACUGGCUUGUUUUUGGACGUUGGGGACACGCGGGAGUGCAGGAUGACGCACUACGCCGUGGAGUCUGGACUGAUGGAGGCCAUGGUGUGGCUCAGCUCAGUUUUCUUCUUCAUGCCAGUGUUCUGUCUAACAGUGCUCUACAGCCUCAUAGGCCGUCGGCUGUGGCAGAGGCACAGGGAAACGAGCGUAAGCUCCCGAGUGGCCCACAGGGACAAAAGCAACAGACAAACCAUCAAGAUGCUCGUGGUGGUUGUGCUGGCCUUUGUCCUUUGCUGGUUACCGUUCCACGUGGGUCGGUACCUGCAGUUCCGGUCUCUCGACGCGCCCUCCCCAUUACUGUCCGUGUUGUCUGAGUACUGCAGCAUGGUGUCCGUGGUUCUCUUCUACCUGAGCGCCGCAAUAAACCCGGUCCUCUACAACACCAUGUCCUGGAAAUACCGGGGUGCAGCGGCGCGCCUCUUUGGCCUCGCAGACAAUCACCCGGCACGGGGCCGCACCGCCAGCACCGUGAAGGGAGACAGCUCCAUCGGAUGGACAGAAUCCACAAUCAGCCUGUGAGCUGAUGGUCCAAGUUUGUUGUUGCUGUUGUUUUUUCAUUCUCAUCUUCAGAAAAGUCACCAAAAAGCCAUAACUUCCGUCAGGUCAGAGACUGUCUGCAAAGAUAAAAAGGAAAAAGCAACAAAAACUGUAGACUAAAAACUGCGGUUCCAAGUGUUUUCCCGCCGAUUGUUUCCACAAGUGCCAUAGAUUCAUGCAAGACAAUGAGAAGAUGGGCGCUCACACCUCAAGUGCUCCAGAUGAACGCUCGCCAAUGCAUGCGCAUACAUGCUCCUUAAAGAGCCACAUUCUUUGACAAAUGCCUUAUUUUGCUUCCAUGCUCAAAAUGU